GGGUGAAUACUUUUGAGAGCCACUGUAUAUAUAUUUCUAAGAUUACUACUCAUGCCUAGAAAACAUAAUGUAAUCUUUUUACAACACGCAUAAAUGAAACGGAACAUAUUUGUUCUAUCUUGAUUGACUUGUUUGUUUAGAAAGGAAGGAAUAUGUUAUCGAUAGCUUUAAACUGCUGUCUGUCUUGUUUGUCGUUGUAAGCUUCUGGCUUGUUUGUCCUAUAGUAACCCCUGUUCGCUUUUAGCUGCAAAACUGUGGUGCUGAUGUGGGCGUGUGCUUUUACCAGAUAUGCUUAAAAAAAAAAAAAAAAAAAAAAAGGUUUGAACAUCCUGUAGGAAAAUGUUCCCCCAGUGCUUUUAGUGCAUAUCCUGCCACACCAUGUGAUCUAAGGGCAUGCCCAUAUAUGGGAGUACAGUGUGUGGUGUGAUGAGGGCCCCCUGUAAGAUUCACCAAUCAGAAUGUUGUGACUAUGACAUCACCUGCAUAUUGAGUAUGGUGGGGAGUGCUGUUUGAAAAUGAAUGAUGUGUUACACAUUUGUAAAGCGAGGUAAGGUCUGGUGGUCACAUCUCCUAAAGAGACUGCAUACAUAGCUGGUUAAAACCAGUUACUAGAGGACAAGUUGAUCAUAGGAAUUUGAGGAUAACUCGGACCACUCUACCAAGGAUGCAAUUAACACUACUAACUGGACCCACCAUGUCAGCUGCUGCAGUGAUGGAGCCAACUGGAGAUUACCUGCAGUCAUGCAGCCCAGAGAAGUGUGAUGUCUCAGUGAUAGAUGUUGCUAUGGAGUCUUCAGCAAAUGAUUCAUCAGAGGAAGCACAUUCUUCAGAGAGGGAAGAGGAAGCAGACGCAGAGGUGACCCCAGCCCAGCAGAUCCUGCAGAGUGGAAGCUCUGUUAGCACUCAGGAAAACAAGCCAGUAACGGCAAACGCAGAUGUGUUGCGUCCUGACACGUUAAAACUUAAUGAGCUGCAAUUAUGCACAACAAGAGAGGAUGGGGAGGUGAAGCUGAGGAUGGAAGAGUCUGGCCAAGCUGCAGAGCCUGCUAUUACAGUCAAUCAGAUGUUCCUGCAAACUGUGGAGCAGUUUGGGGACCAGGUGGCGCUGGCAUCCAAGGACGGAGACAGCUGGAACAGACUGACCUAUAAAGAGUACUAUCAGAGAUGUCGAACGGCAGCUAAAAGCUUUUUAAAGCUUGGGCUGGAGCGUUACCAUGGAGUUGGGAUCCUGGGAUUCAACUCUCCGGAGUGGUUCUUUGCUGAUAUCGGAGCUAUUCUAGCAGGAGGAUUUGCAGUUGGCAUCUACACUACAAACUCUCCUGAAGCUUGUCAGUACGUGGCAGAAAACUGUAAAGCUAAUGUCCUGGUCGUUGAAAAUCAUAAACAGCUGCAGAAGAUUCUUCAGGUUCAAGACAAACUCCCACAUGUGAAAGCCAUUAUUCAGUACAAAGAUGCACUAAAAGAGAAGAAACCAAACCUCUACACGUGGGCAGAGUUUAUGGAGAUGGGAACGGAUGUCCCAGACUCUCAGCUGGAUGAGAUCAUUGCCUCCCAGAAGCCCAAUCAAUGCUGCACUCUAAUCUAUACCUCAGGGACCACUGGCCAGCCCAAAGGAGUGAUGCUCAGCCACGACAAUAUAACCUGGACAGCGUUUGCUACAGGAAAGACGGUGAAGCUGACAGACGCCUGCGAGGCCCAGGAGGUGAUAGUCAGCUACCUUCCACUCAGCCAUGUGGCAGCUCAGAUGAUUGACAUAUGGCUGCCCAUCAAACACGGAGGGAUCGUCUACUUUGCACAGCCUGAUGCACUGAAGGGCUCCCUGGUGAACACCCUCAAAGAGGUGAGACCCACAGCAUUUAUGGGUGUCCCUCGCGUCUGGGAGAAAAUGCAGGAGAAAAUGAAAUUGGUCGGUGCCAAGUCUUCUACCAUCCAGAGGAAGGUGGCAUCCUGGGCUAAAGACGUAGGGCUUCAGACAAACCUGAACAAAAUGCGCAGGAAUUCCUCGCUCCCAUUCAAUUACCGCCUGGCAAAGAAACUGGUGUUUAAGAAGGUGCACAAGGCUUUGGGUCUGGACCGCUGUACCAAGUGCUACACUGGUGCAGCUCCCAUUACUAAAGAUACCCUGGAGUUCUUCCUGAGUCUUGACAUUCCCGUGUAUGAGCUGUACGGCAUGAGCGAGAGCACAGGGCCGCACGCGAUUUCUGUUCCCAGCGCUCACAAGCUCACCAGUUGUGGGAAGGAGAUCUCUGGGUGCAAGACCAAGAUUUUCAGCCCAGACUGCGAAGGGAUUGGGGAGAUCUGUUUCUGGGGACGACACGUCUUCAUGGGGUACCUAAACAUGAAGGACAAGACAGAGGAGUCUCUGGACAGCGAAGGCUGGCUUCACUCUGGAGACCUGGGGAGGCACGAUGAGGAGGGCUUCCUCUUCAUCACCGGCAGAAUUAAAGAGCUUAUUAUCACAGCCGGUGGUGAGAAUAUCCCUCCUGUCCCUACCGAGGAUGCUUUGAAGGAGGUGCUGCCUGUCAUUAGCAAUGCCAUGCUUAUCGGAGACAAGAAGAAGUUCCUGUCCAUGCUUUUGACACUUAAGUGCAAUGUGAAUCCCGAUUCUGGAGAGCCAGAGGAUGAGCUCACCCCGGAAGCCAUUGAGUUCUGUAAGAAGCUGGGCAGCAACGCCGUCAGGGUCUCAGACAUCAUUGGAGGCAAAGACCGAGCCGUGCACAACGCAAUCCAAGAGGGGAUCGACCGGGUGAACGAGCAGGCCAGCUCCAAUGCACAGAAGAUCCAGAAGUGGACCAUUCUGGAGAAGGACUUCUCCAUUCCAGGAGGAGAGUUAGGGCCCACAAUGAAACUGAAACGAUCGGAUGUCAUGAAGAUUUACAAGGACCAAAUCGACAACUUCUAUAAGGAUGUUAUUACUCCAACCACCCCAGAGAACCCCCUCCCAACAAAAUAAAUACUGUACCAGCAGCUAGUCUCCAGGUUAUAACAGACACCAUCAGCAAACACAUUGUCUCUGUACAGCUCUUUAUAUUGUAACCCUGAGCGGUUUGUUUAUAAUUGAGUCAUUUUAUGUUGUAAAAAAAAAAAAAAAAAAAAAAAAAAA